AUGCACGUCGCGAGCGUCAAUGUUCUCAAGCAGUACUUGCCGGACAGCUACAACACAAAGUUCCUGUGCCCCCAGUUCGUCUCCCAGAUGGGACCGUGGGCGAACGAGACGACGGUCAGCAGUCGGACAGUCAAGGUCGUUCGCGGUGCAUUUGGCCCCUACUUGUACUACGGGAAGAUGUCCCCCACCACCACAGGCAUCCCAUACCUGUACCAGCGUAUGCUGGCGGUGAACACGGCACAGGAAUUCGACAACUUUGUACGUGAGUCCAUGUUGUUGUGUGAGGAGUAUCCGAUGCUUGUCGAGCUGUGGAACACAAAUCUGGCCGGCCCCGAGAUGGACGAGCUGGUGGGGGUGGCCUGGGCGACAAUCAUUGCAGCACCACACGAUUUCCUUGCGUGCAUGUUCAGACUUGCCGACGCCGACAACAUGCGUAUCUUUCUGCAGCUGGGGCGGCUGACAAGGGCAAUCAACAAUCCCAGCUACCUGUACUGGCUGAAGAUGCUGGACCACGUACCUGAUCUCGGCCUCUGUUUCUUUGCAGCGGUACUCGCAGAACCGACGUGCUGCCGGAUAUUUACGCAGUUUCGCGAAGAGUGCAAGCGUCUGGAGACCAUUGGUGUGUUCUCGACCAACUCGGCAAGGCAACUCAAUGCUUAUAUGCACGGGCUGAAUCAGUACGGGACCUUUUAUAACGGGAGGAAAAUCGACCUUUUGGCGACGUGCAGGCAGUACAGUGCCGGCGUGCUGUACCAAGUCCGGGAGCCACUCCCGUUUGACAUGCUGCAGAAAAUAUUUAUCCUUCCCGAAAGCACACAGGACUGGAAAGUGGGCGCUGACGCUCUCGGAGUGUUUCUGGGGGAUGUGCCAUAUUAUAUAAAAUCAGGUUCAUAA